CGUCGGAGCCAAUCGCUUAUUUAUAACAGCGGUCCAAAAGCGCGCACCCGUUAGCGGAGCAGAGGAGAGGACAGAAGGCGGCCGAGAGACAAAUAAAGCGCAAUUAACCGAUUAUUCUGCGAAACCCGCGCACGAAACAACCAGCCAGGAUGUCAGAGGAAAAGCCAAAGGAGGGAGUAAAGACCGAGAACGAUCACAUCAACCUCAAGGUUGCAGGGCAAGAUGGGUCGGUGGUCCAGUUCAAAAUCAAAAGACACACACCGCUCAGCAAACUAAUGAAGGCGUAUUGUGAACGACAGGGCCUCGCAAUAAGGCAGAUCAGGUUCAGGUUUGAUGGCCAGCCUAUCAAUGAGACGGAUACACCUGCACAGCUGGAGAUGGAAGAUGAAGACACCAUAGAUGUAUUCCAGCAGCAGACAGGCGGGCGCUGCUAAGCCCUCCCCACCUCAUUGACAGCCACCCUCAGACCACACCCUCAGCCACCUUCACUGUCCCUCCCCUCCCCCUCGCUCCUCUCAGCCUAUUAUUAUUAUUAUUAUUAUUAUUAUUAUUAUUAUUAUUAUUAUUAUUAUUUCUUCAGUUUAAAGAUGUAUGUCAUGGUUUUUUGUCAGGUGUGUGUGUGCGUGUGGGGGGCUCCUCAGCUGUUUAUGUACUGUCUCAGCCAGGACUGAACUUUUGUGCGUAUCAACAGUCUCUCUGUUGGCCAAUCAGGACAACAUUUCCUUCUGGCGUCACAGGCUGUGAUUGGACCAACAGUGCGUCACAGCUGUUCCUGGUUUUGUCAGUGCUUCUCAUUCACUCUCCAGUGAAAGCUUAGUAUCCAGUAGUUUGUCACGGUUUUCAUCCAUCAGGGUCGAACGCGAGGCUCUGCAAAGACGAAAAUGUUUUUGAAGUGGAAGCACUAUCUGAACUUAAUACACACCCGCCUUCCAUUUCACUUUGCUUUCUUGUCGCUUUCUUGUGUGUUUUUUUUUGUUUUUGUUUUUUUCCUGAACGGUGACUCCUGCCCUUUUGUCAAAAAGGUAUUUUAAUUCUCACUGCAUUUUAGGUGCUUUUGCUAAAGAGUUCUGCAAUGUUUUUUGUAUUUUUGAUUUUUUUUUUUUUCUUUUAAGAAUUAACACCCAGGAGGCUUGUUGAUUUUUCUGUACAGGAGUAUCAGAGUGGAUGUUAGAUAAAUGUUGUGGGGCUUGGACCAAUACUCCAAAGACCGAACAUAUUUGAUGUACUUGGGUUACUCUAAAAGCCAGCCGCAAGGUCAAAACUGUCACAUUUUAAGGGAGUUUGUAUUUCAUUAAUGUUAUUUGCUUCCUCUUUGACUUCUACUAACUGAGAAAGGUUCCUUGUGGGUAUCCGGUACAGAGUUGUUUGGGGGUCUGGCUGUGUCAGGAUAGUCUUUUUGAAUACAUAACUCUUCGCUUUCUUUCCCUGCCUACUUUCUGAUGAAACGGGCCAGUGGCCAGUCCCUAUGCUAUUCACAAGCAGGGCUGCUUGUGGGUUUUACCUUUCUGGGGAGGGGAGGGGUUCAAUAGAGGGUGGGCUGGGUGGGGAUGUGCGGGUGGGUUAACUGGAAGUUCGUUCCUUUAACGCUGUUUUGGGGUCAGCUGUCUCAUCUCUGUAUUGUCCUUGCGAAUGUAGGCUGACGGGACAACUCAUUCUAGAUGUGUUUUGAAGAGGAGCAACUUCCAGUUUGAGCAAGGAUAUCCAACAAAAGUCAGUAUCUUUUUGUUAACACAUUUUGAAGACACUUUUCACUGCUAUGUCAACUGUCUUAGCCGUUCCUUUGUGUGUAAGAGGCAGAGGUUGCAGCCCUUUUUAAAAACGUAACUGCGGCGUUGCCAACAGUGAAGAUAUCCCCAGGUCGUGACGAGUGUCUCCAAUUAUUCGCAGUUUGAGAGAAGGAUGCAUGCAGUUUUGUUGCAUAUCGGGAGGGCAGGGAGGCCAACCAAUGGAGUUUGGGAGAUAAAUGUUCUGUACCCACAAGGCCCCGUUCUUUGUACACGGAUAGCUGAGUUGGCUUGAUUUAAUCGUCGAUGGCCCCGACAUGAGCUUGGAUUUUUCUGGCUUCGGCCCUUCAAAAUCUGCAAAAAUGCAAACUUAUUCAGGGCGAGUUAGGUCAUGACAACCGUUUUUUUAGUUCACCCGUUUUAAUUUAUUUUCAGAUAAAGCUACACGUCUCUUCACAGGCAUCACUUGGUCAGUACUGAACAGGUUUUCAGUUAAGGCAUACUUAAAAGUACAAUGAGAGCAAACCAAUUUUUCAAAAUAAAAUGUUUUGUCACAAAGAGGAGCCACUGUUAUUUAGACCUUUUGCAGUACAGAUUAAAUUCUUGCAUUAUGAGGUAUUUAAAUUAUGCAAUAUGGGCUGCAGAUAUUGUAAUUGGCCUUUCUAGUGUCUUUUAAUCUUAAACUUGCGUUCCCAUAGCCAUUCAUAUAGUUUUGCUCAGCCAUAUUAGAAAGGCGCUAUCCUUUUUAAAUGGUGUCAUCUAAAUGUUUGUUCAGCUGGAUUUUUGUACCAUUCUAAUAAAAACACGAGUCCACGUCAAUACCUUUUUUUCUUUUUAAACUGUUUAUUUGACAAGCAUAGGAUAACGCCUCUGUAAACCAUCGCCUGCUGUUGGAAAUAUUCCCACCUGUCCACUCUGGCCCCAGUAAAUUAUACAAUUAUUUUAUCCAAGGACUAACAAACUCAUUCCUCCACAGUCAUCUGGCUAACUUGUAUUGUACAGAGACAUGUAAAAUCAUUGUGUGAUCGCUCUUAAAGACAUGCCCUCUGCGCAAUCACGGAUAGCCUUCAUGGUUUCAUCUUUCUGGUCUCACAAAAUAAGAGCACAGUUAUCAAGACAGCCUUCCACUUGCAUUCGAAGAACCGAGUUAGCUGGACAAAACCGGUUAACAUACGAGCUGAACUAUGUAAUGUACGAAGAACGGGGCCCAGGUCUUGUCAUGUUAUUUGUUUCUCUACUGAUUUGUACAUUAUUUGUGGUCUUUUACUACUGUAUACAAUAAAUAUAGUUUGGUACUCAGA